AUAUCUGACAAAGGAAGUGAUACCAUUUAUACUUUUUAUGUGGAUAAAGGUGUAAUUUUUAAUAGAAAAAAAUUAAGAUGAAAGACCCUUUGUCUCUUCUGAAUGCGUUAAGAUGGUUGGUGCGCAACUGUAACAACAAAAUGUCAAAUCAGACUGGGCUCAAGCAUGUCGCCACAGAGCCGACGAGACUUGAGAGCAAACGCGAACGACGUCGUGGCGCGGCAGGUCGGGCAUCCGCGUUACGUAGGGCUCCGUCAGACUCCGAUUGUUCCGGAGAGACAGCUUCCCUAUCUGCGGAUAGCGGGGAUAGGUCUGUCAGGCCUUUGCCACCUCCACCAAGGACUGGCAAGUCUAGAGGCAAUUCUAGGCGUCGCCGAGGCAGCGAAUGGGAGAUAUUGGAGGGACUAAAGGAUGGACAGAGGUUUGACAAGAGACCGGAAGUGUUCAACGGGUACUUGCAUAAGAAGCGGAAGUGGCCGCUCAAGGGUUGGCACAAGAGAUUCUUCGUAGUAGACGGUGGUAUUCUAGUCUAUGCUCGAUCUCCUUCGGACGUGGCGCGAGGAAGACUCCAUGGGUCUGUGGAUGUCGGUCUGUCUGUGAUUUCGGCUAAAGCUCGGCGCCGGCGCAUCGAUAUAGAUGCAGAUGAAUUCAUAUACCAUUUAAGGGCGAAGACACCUGAAGUUUUCAGGACAUGGUUGAAUGUUUUGAAGACGCAUCGAUUAUACAGGCAGCACUUAUUGACUUUCGGUGCGCGUGAGUCGGUACCAAAGAUACAUGCGCCAGUAGAUGAUCUACCUCCCACAGAUACUUCCUCACGGCUGGUAAGUCCCACAUCUGGGCCCUUGCGUGGGCCACAAGCCGGCUUCGUUUCGGGCACCCCUGGCGGCAGGCUGGCCAGUUGGAUCAUAGAAUCGGGCGCUCCCUUGGAUACAGUGACACGCGAGUUGGGUCAGGCUCAGCUCUCAGUGCAACAGUUGCAGCGGCUUUUGGAUGCACUGGAGCUACAACAACAGACCCAUCAUGAUACUGACGUAUCAAUGGAUGGCGCGUCUCCAAACGUGAAAAAAGACAGACGUAAAUUUGGCUUACGAAAGAAGAAAUCAAACAGCAAAUGUGCUACCGUUGAACCACCUCAUAUCGACCCAAGCAGUUCUCAUAUGGCCCUUUCUACGUUAACAGCGCCCCCCUCUCCCGGUGGGGGGGCAUCUUCCGUCCCCAACUCAGCCGCGUCGCUGCCUAUUGCGUUUUUAUCCACGUUUCUGGCGUCUACUUUAGUUCCGUGUGCAGCCACAAGGCCCCAAUCGCUGCCAGGGGCUGAGGUUCUGAAUGCAGCCCCUGCUAGUUUCACAAGCCUCACUCCGGACCAUCAGCUGAGAGAAGACUUUACGGUACUCGCUAAGGAUCUGGUCACCAAUCUGAAGAGCAUCGUUGCCACGCUGGUCUGCGAACGUAGUCGUCUCCGAGCAGCCAUGGAGUCAGCAGAAAGCACACCAGCGCCAAGUGGCGUGGUGGCUGCACUCAGAACUAAUCUGUCCACGGCAUUACAGCAGAAUUCUGUGUUGCGUACAGAAUUACGUUCGCGUCUCUCGCGCAUUUACGACGCUUCGGACCUGGCUGAAAUAUCGUCAAUGGGUGCGAAUUCUGAUCAUAACCAAUACAAACACUCGCUAAGCUACAGUUCCUCUUGUGUUUCUGCAUCGGAAUUCUUUGACGCCGAAGAGUACGACAACGGAGAGGUCAAGGAGAAUAAUCUUAUAAACGCUGAUGAGACUGGUGUUAUUGAACUGGACGGCGAUUCCUCAUCAGAGGCGGGUUCACUAAGCAGUGAAGAAGGAUCAGCCAGUUCCGAUAAUAGUGAUGCCGCAAUGGUGGCAACAGAACAAAUAGGUCCCACAGAGAAUGGCGGGGAACAAUGGAGCAGAAGACGAGUUCUUCCAGCACCACGACCUACUCCAGGAGGUCCAUCCCUCUGGAACCUGUUAUAUAAGAAUAUUGGAAAAGAUCUCAGUCAGAUAUCCAUGCCGGUUACUAUUAACGAACCGUUAAAUAUGCUGCAGCGUCUCUGCGAAGAGCUAGAGUACUCGGAACUGCUCGAUUCAGCGUCAACAUGUGAGGACCCCGUAAAUCGAAUGGCUUUGGUGGCCGCGUUCGCUGUUAGUUCGUACGCUGCCAGCGCUCACAGGGCAGCGAGCAAGCCUUUUAAUCCCCUCCUGGGGGAGACCUACGAAUGCGUGCGAGAGGAUAAGGGAUUCAAGUUUUUGGCUGAACAGGUGUCCCACCAUCCGCCUAUAUCUGCAUGUCACGCUGUAUCCAGUCGCUGGGUAUUCUGGCAAGAGGCGCGGAUAAAAACCAAAUUUUGGGGCAAGUCCAUGGAGUUCCAGCCGGCAGGUCGAGUACACCUCGUACUUCUGCCGACUGGAGAUCACUACACAUGGAAUAAGGUAACAACCUGUGUCCACAAUCUCUUCGGCGGUCAGCGUUGGGUGGAUCAGUAUGGAGACAUGCUUAUCACUUGUCAGGGGUCAGAUAUUAGCUGCAAACUACAUUUUGUUAAGGCAAGUUCGUGGUCAAGUUCGCGUCACGAAGUACGCGGUGCGGUUUACUCGAAGCAAACUUCGCAUCUAAGAUUGCACGGCCGAUGGUCGGAAGCGUUGUAUGCUGGGGAACCACCUGCAGCCAGAUGUCUGUGGAGACCUGGUGCGAUGCCGCCAGACUAUGAGUUAUACUACGGGUUCACACGGUUCGCGAUGGAACUUAACGAAAUGGAACCCGGAUUGAAAGAUAUACUGCCUCAUACAGAUACUAGGUUUAGGCCAGAUCAGCGUGCCUUAGAAGAAGGCGACGUGGACGCCGCAGAACAAUUCAAGCACGAGUUGGAGCAAUCGCAACGGGAGAGACGAAGAGACAGACCUGAUCACACGCCUGCCUGGUUCCGCAAAUCCACAGAGGGCGGUGAAGAGACGUGGGUGUACGGUGGGGAGUAUUGGCGAGCGCAGGCCGACGGCUACAUGCAACUGCAUACGCCGCGGUUGUGGUGACCGCUUCUCAUAUUAUAUUAUGUACCGCAGCGCGAAGUGCUGUGCUAGAGGUUGUGUCCGCUUGUCGCUUCCAGCUUUAUUCUACUUACUACUUAGCGUUACUACUUAUGACUAAGCCACAGACAAAAGAUAGUAAUGUUACAGAAACAGAUUGUACGUAUUUGUAUGUACGCGUAUACGAUGAACGAACACUAAGUUGAACUAUAAAGAAGUUUUAUAUGCUUAGAACAUUCGUGCGUUGUUUUGUAGGAAAUUAUGUUUUCAAUCCUAAUUGUAUUGUUGUAUCAUAAAUUCAAAUUAAUAAAUAAUAGCGCACAAAAUAUAUGUACUUGUAUGAUUUAUUAAUUAUUCCGGUCUAUUUUAUAUGAAUAUUCAGUUGACCAGCAUGUAUAUUCUGGAUUGAUAUUGUAUAUUUUUCCUUUUUUGUACAUAUUUUUUUAGUCAUCAAAUUUCAGUCUGUGGCUUAGAUACUUAUCAGACUAUCUCGCUUCUACUGUGUUGAUAAUAAAAUGUAAGAGCGGGACAGUCAUCUUUUACUCGUGUUAUAUUCCUUAAAGAGAGAGUUAAGUAUAAGAAAUACUAAAUAUCCGUAGUGAGGGUAGUUGUACAAUUUGUACUUUGCUUUUUAAUAUAGAUUAAUCGCGCAUUAAUUUUCUUACAAAUCGGUCAGAAAUAGAUAUUUCUAUAUUUUUCUUUAUAAAUGACGAAAAAAAGACGGUAGGAUAUUAAACAAUAAAUUGAGGGUAUAAUUAAAUAAUUGUAGAAGGAUUGUUAUUUUACAUUGUGUAUUUUUGUUUACCAUUUUUAGUAUUAUAAUUUCAGUGAUUGUUUUGUGAUACGACAUAGGCAAUGUAUGUUUCUGGUGUUCUAAGAUGUUGAAAUUUUCAUUGAUGUAUUUUCGAAUCAAUUCGAGUCCUUCCAGAAAAUGGCGUACCAAGCGUAAUACCGUAAAAUUUUAUAUUUUUAUUAGCUUUUCAAGAAAAGAGCGUACAAAUUCUUAAAAGGCCGGCAACGCACUCGCGAGCCCUCUAGCAUCGAGAGUGUCCAUCGGCGGCGGUAUCACUUUACAUCAGGUGAGCCGUCUGCCGGUAUGUCCCCUGUUCUAUUAAUAAACACAUGCAUCACACUGAUUAACUCUAUGUUCAGUUUAACUAUCGGAUGCUAAAAUAUUAUCACUCCUUAGAACGCUUGAAACUUGCAGCAUUGAUCUUGCCUUAAAAGACGUUUUCCUUAAGAUACGUAUCAAGUUAAGUUAGUGCUGAUUUUGUUCACUUUACUUGAGGGCGACCCCAAAACCUUGGGCCCUUAACAAUAUUCAGUUGUAUUUGCGACUUUGUUACCUUGUGUUAAGAUGCAAUUUACAAUAUGAUGUAUGUUUCAAUGGUCUGCAAUUUGUUUGGUUUGAAACAAGUAUCUAGUUCGGUUAAGAUAUGGCGCUGUACUUAAUAGCAGCUUUAAACAUAGUGAAAUGUAUUUAGAUGCCAUAAACGAAGGACAAAGCAAUACAAAUGUUUUUAGAUAAUUUCAGAUUCGAGUUUAGAUUGUUUGUUUACUUUCAAACUUGUUUGGCAAUUAACUAGCGCUUAGUUGUCUUUACAAAUAUGAAAUAGUAAUUGUUAAAGUUAAUGGAGUAAUUGUGAUGUAUUUAUUUUAUCAAAAAUUCCUAUAGCUUUAGGUUUAAAACCUUAAAUGCCAAUAGAACAGUACAAUGUCUAUGGUGAUCCACAGAUAUUAGAUACGCUUUACUAUUAACUGUCACUUAAAUUGACAAUAAAGUGUCCGUGUUUAGUCGUUGUUGUUGUUGUUAACUCGAAAUCAAUUAUAAUAAUUAACGAAUGUAAUUAUUUAAUUAUAUGUGUUUACAUUCGGUUAUUUGCUGGAUGACAGUUGACAAUUAUUUUUAGUCUUUUUUUAGCCUGUAUGAAUUUGUAUGCCAUAAGAUAUAUAUGUAUACAUAAAAUUUAGUUAUAUCUCAUUAAGCAAAUAAACGAAUGGAAAAUGUAAGUGCACGGGAUUUUAUCUUAAAUCAUUGACAAUAUUGUAGGAUACAGGUUCCGUGUUAAAUUUAAAUAAAAUUAUUAAAUAAUUUGAAAUAAAUUUUUUUAAAUAAUUAAUUAAUUAUAACGGGUAAAAAUUUUGUCUUAAAUUUUAAAUACGUUUAGUUAUAAUAUUUCGAUGACUAAGAAAUUGUACUUUUGAUUGUUUAUUUCAUAUAGACAUAUAUUUUUAUCUAUGCUCCACAGCAUAGAUGCCGUUAAAGGGUUAUGCUAAUCUAUGGCUGAUUCAGUACUUGAAUUUUUCAGGGAUACUCAAUUAAUUCAAUGACAUGACAUAAAAUUUCGGAGUAAUUAUAUUAAAAUAGAUUUAUACAUAUAGUAUAAACUGUGGGCCUAUUCAAUGAUCCUUUUUGCAAGAUUUUUUUUAUUGCCUUGGAGAUUAUUAUUUGUUAAUUUGAAAAAGCGUCCUUAUUGCUAUGUGUUAAAGUGUAUUUUGAAAUGUACAAUAAUGUGAAGUAAUCGGUCUUGUAUGACUGCCCAAAUGUUUCAGCGAUUUACUUGAUAAAAGGUGAAAUUAAGAAUGUUUUGGUAAAAAAUAAAUGAUUACCUCAACUCGGCGUUGCAAGUCUAUAACUAUAAAAUUAUUGAAUAAAAUUGUUUAUUUUAAAUGUAUUUUAUCGUAAUGAAUAUUUAAAUGUGAAAUUGUGGCUAGUGAUUAAUACAAAUUAUAUGGUUGCUAAGGUUAAUGGUACUGGUUGGGGUUUAUAGUUAAGACAAAAAUUAUCAUGCUUCUACAGAGGGUGUAAUUUUUCCUCUUGACUCUUGAAUAAGAAUAAUCAAAACUUAUUAUUUUGAAGAACACAUUAUUACUGCAAAAUGGCAAUUAUAUUUUACAACACCAACU